UCGCUGUGAUGGCGUUAUGUAAAAGACAGAAAAGCAGAACCCACUCGCUGACUCCAGUUUUUAAAGCAAAAUGGUAUUCACCCCCCUUCUUCUGAUGAUUGGAUGAAGUCAUUGCCACUGAGAAUUGUUCCAGACCUUUGACCUCCAGUCAAUGAAGUGCUCACCUUAAGUCUCUGGAGGGGAGCCAGAUUUGAGAUGUGCUUCUGUGCUUGGAGUUUCCAGUUCACCAGAUCAGCUACACUCUGUUCAGCACGCAGGACUUGUGACAGUUUUUCAGAGGUUCUGAAGUUUUCUGUCAUGUUAAAUAGGAUACAAAGCUGCAUGACUCAAGCUGUCAUUGAGAUAUCUAAAACAUUUCAGUCCUUUGCUGGAGGUAGAUCUUGAUUCUUUGCUUCUCUGAAGAGCUGCAGAAAAACAAAAAGACUUGAAUGGUUCUUUGGAAGCUCUCUUCUUUAGCAAGAAUUGUUUUGUGUCAAGCUGCAGCCUUUUCUGUGGUUGUGAUCCAGUUUUCCCUUUUGCAUUGUAACAGUUGUCAACUUUCUGAUCCCAGACCCCUCAAGGCUCCCUUCCCUGUAGAAUUAAGUCAGCCCUACCAAGGGUGAUUUGGUUUUCAUUAGCUGCUUUUUACAGACCUGGAUAAGACUUUCUGGCUUUCUGGGGUCUGGUAACAGCAGGUUACCAGUGGGUGACCCAUGUGAAGUAGGGCACUGCAGGCCAUGGAGUUGUAGGAGAAUAAGGCACUUCUGUGGCUCAGAAGGUGUCCUAAUUGUUUUAAAUUGUUGAAGGUGAGUGAUGCAUUGUGUAAAAUUCUGCUCUACCUUUUAAAAAGUAGCUUGUACUCAAGAUUUCUGUAACCUUGGUAUUCUGGGGAAGGUAGUGAGGGCAGGGAAUGCAUCACUGCUUUUAUGUAGUGCUGCAGGUUUUGGUGUUUUUGUUUUUGUUUUUUGUUUUGUCCCUAAACAAGAAGCUCUGCUGUGAAGCUCCCCUGUCAAUACGUAGCUUCGCUUGUUUCUUUGCUUGCAGCUGUAGGUCAAUCUGACAGUGGCCUAACCUGAAUUACGGACAGCCGUGAAGCUGUCUUUUCCCCAUGUUACCUCUUCGCCCACCUUACUCCAGUUCUUUCCAUAGGGCAGGGCUUGAUUGAGUACUUGUAUGAUGGCUAGCACAGUAGGUCCUCAAUCCUUCUCUGGGGCUGUACCUGCUGCCAGUGCUGCUGUAUCCAAUAACUUCUUAACAGUGGAAAAUACUAAAACAGUGAGGGUCUUGUGAUGCUUCCUAGCAUUCUACCAUCUUCAAAACCAGUUUCCAACUGCCCUCUAAACUUGCUUAUGGUCUCUGACGCUUUUCUGUCUGAGUGUAGGAUUAAAUUAUUUUUCUGGGGCUUAAAAGCCCCAGAAAGAAGAAUAAGAGUUGUUGAAGAGUUGUUGACAAAGUUCUUGGAAAUUGUGGAUUUCAUCUGGGAUUUUUUUGGGGAGCUGCAAGCAGGCUAGAUACUGGGGAUUCAAAUACAUUGUGGAGGUAGUUCUUCAUAAAUACAAAUUAUUCUCUGUACUAAUUCAUUUGGGUGUCCUUUGAGUCAUCUUGGAAAUUAUUUUCAUCAUUUUUCCUUUGUUUGAAGUAAGGCUAGGUUGUCUUGUCUUUUUUUUUUUUUUUUUGAAUAAGGAAGACAAAUGCUAAGAAAUGGCUUGGUGCUGAAUCCAGUCCUUUCUCAGAACUCGUUUCCCCUUCUGUUUCUCCCUCGGAUCUGUCAGGCUCUUUUCAAACUCACUGAGUUGUGAUUAAAUAAAAGAACAAGGAAUUACAUAACUGAUUUUUUCCAAAUUGCCUCUUAGCUUUCAUGUAUUUAGUCUCCCUUAUUGAUGUGCUGUUAAUCACCUUCCUGUUUCUCUGCUUCCACAUCAAAAGACAGAAGGGUACCUGCGUGGCAUUGCCAUCAGAUGAACUGCGCUGGUGGUAGAUGCUGUUGCUCACUUUCCUGUUCAGCUUCUUGUGUCGAGGUUCCCAUGUUUCCUGAGUUGUGAGCUGAUCCCCCCAGGGCUGAUUGUGAGGACUUGUUAGUGUUCAGUUUAGGCUUUCUGCUCAUCCAAAGUUCUUUCACUUAGCGUGUGGGUGCUGGCUCUUACUGCGCUGUUUGGACUUCGCAGUUACGCUGUGAGGGUUUGAGCUGCUCUUUUCCAAGUGAGUCUUCCCAUCCUUGAGUUGUGCUUCUGCCUCCUCAUCCAUUCUUCACAUCCACCCACCUGAGCUGCAGAAAUGGGCAUCGCAGGAGGGGCUGCAGUUCUUGUGGUGGUGUUCAGCAAACCCAGGGGGAAUUUGAGUGAUCUCAAGGGCUUCUGCGUAUGUGCAGGGAGAAGGGAAAUAAGAGGGUCCCUGGCAAGACAGGAGGGUAGUAGAAGGAUGUUGAGCUGCACUAGGAAGCAGAUUUUGGUGGGUUUUGUGUGGUUUCGUUGUUUUGUUUUAUUAUCACCUGUCUCAGAAACGUCCUGGCAGAUCUUAAAGGCAGGCUGCUCUUGUUUUUCCAGCAUCCACCACUAUGAUCGCUAAUCUAUUUCAUAUCAUGUCAUCAGCUGUUGUAUGGUGGUGGCUGCUUGAGGUGUGUUUGGUGUAGGGUGGCUGCUCUUGCCAAGGCUGCUGACCUGCUGGAGGGCUCCUCCUCAAGUACCCGGUCUGGUUGAAGAGUUCAGCAGCAUGGUCUCAUAAUAAAAAGUGCAGUAAUUGGGCAACAGAUGCCAGCUUAUUUAGUAAUGAAGAAUAAAUUCCUUGUCUGUGGAACUGAUGCUGUAUGAAAUUUAGAUUCAGGGAUUGCAUUAUUGCUUUGGCAGAAGAGAUCUGUAGCAUAUGUGAACUUAUUUUUUAGGCAAUAAUGAAUCAAACGGACAAAAGUCAUCAGGAAGUCCCAUCCUACCUCCAUGAGGAGCCACCAGAAGGUUCAUUAAAAGACCACCCGCAGCAGCAGCCCGGCAUGCUCUCUCGUGUGACUGGUGGCAUCUUCAGUGUGACAAAGGGAGCUGUGGGUGCCACGAUCGGGGGUGUUGCUUGGAUCGGAGGGAAGAGCUUGGAAAUUACCAAAACAGCAGUCACAUCAGUGCCUUCGAUGGGAGUGGGGCUGGUCAAAGGAAGUGUUUCUGCUGUGGCUGGAGGCGUUACAGCAGUAGGAUCUGCCGUUGCAAGCAAAGUGCCUUUAACAGGAAAGAAAAAGGACAAGUCUGACUAAAGCCAAAACUGAGAGACAUACUUGAUUUUCUAGAAUAUUACCUUGGUGGCAUUAAAGUCUGCUAAGAUUUGGACUAUGAGAAGCCAUGCAUCUUAGACACUUUGUCUUCUAAAGAGAAAGCUGAUUUCAUCUGGAAAGGACAGAAGCUUGGCUAGUACAGCCUAUGAAGAUUUGUUACAGCCCAGCUUCGAGCUUUGUACCUGGUGAAAUGUUACACUUGAUAACUAUAGGAGAGAGUAUGUGUGUCUGAGGGGGUAACGCAUAUUUGAAUAUUCACUUACUGUAAGUCUUGUGCAGUUUUGGACUGAAAUGUGAACGCAGAAACUGAUGAGGGGCCACUCGCUGUCCUCAGCGGCUUCCACAUCCUCCUGCUAAGGGUCCUUGAGCUGUGUGACGGCACCAUUGGAUGUGCCGGAAUAGUUACAGUUAGGAAACCGUGCUUGCAGGCAGCCUGACAGUUUUCAGUGACUGCACUCUGCCAGUGCAAACUGCCAGCAAACAGAACUGGAAGUGUGCAGAAAUUGGAAAUGAGAGGGAGACGGGAGGUGAGAAAGCUUGACAGUGUGGUAGAAGGGAUCACAAAAUCUAACUUAAUGCCUUAUUAGAAAAGAAUCUCUCUUUACUAGGUGAAGCUUUGUAAAGAGCUGUCCUGUUGUUUCUGUGCAGCUCAUUGAACGAGCUUCAGAGACUCUGUGACUCCUGAUAUCUGAAACUUGCUCAGUUUUUAGCGAAUACAAGAUUGCUAAAUCUCAGGUGUAUUUAAUGAUAGGCAUCUAUCUCCUGCAAGUGGAAGCUUGCUUUGAUCAGCGUCUGAGAGGCACCAGAAAAAAAUGAUGGCUUAAUGGAAACUGAGCAGGUGGUUCUGGUAUCUAGCACAGCUGUGUAACUUGAAAAAAUUACUCUGUGUAGCUGGAAACCGCUGAAGAACCAGCAAAGCUGUUGUCUCAACUCCGUGAUGUGCCAGGUUAGCUUCUUGCUCUGUUUAAACAAAUGCAAGAAUCUUUUCACUACAUCUUUAUCUCAUACUCAGCAUUUUGAGUAAAAUGCAAUACUUUUAUUUGAACCAAAACUGGCAUGUGAGCACCCUUAAAAAAAAAACCAUCAUCAUCUGAGUAAACUGUAUACUGACAAAUGCCAAACUUUGACACUCCUCAUAUGGAAACAUCUAGAGGUCCUCUCCAGUGCGUGAGGCAAAAUGCACUCCUAAGACACAGCUUGAGGUUGCCUUAAAGUACAAGCUGCUGGUGAUCUUUUCUGUGUGUGUGCUGACUUUGCAACUAAGAAGGCUGUGAACGUUGUAUAUGCAGUAUUUUCUAAAGUUGUGUUCCUUCAGAAAAAUUCUGAGCUUGUAAGCUUACUUUUCAGGUAGCUACGGUUGUUCAAGGAUAUAGAGAGACUUUUUAGAAAUUAAAAAAAGUAUAUCACGUGUCUAAAACUUGCUCCUGUAUUCACGGAUGUUGAAAGUAAACUGUGCACAUGGUGGUACAGUGGUAACCCUGUCUUUCUGAGCCAUUGGUACUUCAGCUGCAGUGUGGAACAGCUUUAGUGGCUAUCAGUAAUGAUGAUGUAUUACUAGGCGUAACGACGGGGGCAGUGGGGAGAGCAAAACCCACCAGGUAAACCUCUCUGCUCCUUUCGUUAGCUGCACCAGUUGCUUAUCUCUGAUCUGCAGAAAGUGUGUAAUGAGGUAAGUGCAAGCAAUAAAUGCCACACUUAACUAUUUUUAUAGUCAGAAGGUGACAGUACGGAAUGCUGCAUAGGUGGAAGAUCCCAGAUGGCUGCAGGAAUGAGCAGCUUGGACACGAGCAGCAGUCGAGCUGCAGCAAAUAAUUGAGCCUGGGCUGCUCCCUGCAGUUUCCAGUGUACCCCGGGGCACUACCAGUGAGCACUGCACAUCAGCUGUUUCAGAGCAUAGUGAGAUUUGUAACACCCAACCAAACCCUUCGUUGUUUUCUGAACACACAAACGUUGAACUAGUCUUACCCCCCUUUUUUUUUAUGACAUUCUUUAAUUUUUAUGCUAUGAACCUUGCUGCAAAACAAGCGUGUUAGGAGAGAAGCAAUGUUAGAACUGUAAAAGGCUGCCAGUGCUUCAGUAUGCUUUGUUCUUAGCAUAUCCUGUAGUUAUUCUGAAUCUUGUAACUGAAAUGCUUUACCAUGGCAUAUGGUUUUAGUUUUUGAGAAGAGCUUUGUCCUGUAUUCUGCAUAUUUUCCGUUCAUUUAAGAAAGUCACUUCUUAAGAACUUGUUCUGAUUCUGUCCUGACACUUGUGAAACAUUAAAUUGUUGCUGUUUCAGACUUUC